CUUUUGUUCACUCAUCCAACCAUCCAUCCAACCGGCCACUUAUCUAUUCAUCCAUUCACUGAUCCAACCGUUCAUUCAUCCACUCAUCCAUCUAACUAUCAAGUCAAUCCAUCAAUUCAUCCAGUCCUUCAACCAUUAAUGAAAAUUGUUCCUCAAAUGUUUGCAGGAACAAUUACGAAACAAAUGGGAAACAUUGUCUCCAUGUCAUGUUUCCUGGAGUGCACAGGCCUUACAGACAACCGUGUGUUACCGACCCUGCUUGUGAUCACCACACGAGCCUCGUCCUGUGAACUAACAAGGUUUCUUUAUUAUUGUGACACUGUUUACGCCUUGGUUUACAUACACACUUCCCAUCCCUCUGCGACACACUUCCCAGACACCCAGCAGGCCAGCCGCGUGAUGCACCGCACCUACAAACAUACACGUUACUGUCACAAACCUGGAGGGAAGGAGUGAGGAAGUGGCACAAGGAGGAGCAUAUAAAAGGAACUCGAGGUGAUGUUCAGCCACAAGACACCGAGGCAGUCUGGGAGUCGUUGUCUUUCCGCGUAUUAUUCGACACCACACCACUAAAGGAAAGAUGAAUUUCUUUGCUGUUUUGCUCUGCGUAUUUCUAGCAGGCAUUCAGAGUUCACAGGGACGGACGUUCCCGGCCUCGCUGCCCGCUUCCCACACGUCCAAAGUUGUGAUGUUUUCAGGAUGGCGAGACGGCAACGAAUGCACCAAAACUGAAGGCAACACACUACCUAUCGAGCCCAGGAUCGUGGGCGGCACUGAAGCGGAAAGACACGAGUUUCCGUGGGUGGUGUCACUACAGGCUUACAACGCCACAAAGUCAAAAUAUCAUCACAUUUGCGGUGCCUCUAUAAUAGACGAGUGGUGGAUCAUGACCGCCGCCCACUGCUUUAAAACUGGGAACUUGGACGUGAAGAUCAUAGCCGGUGAUCAUAAAUUAUCAGCAGUUGAAGAUGAGGAGCAGCACCGUAUAGUAAAAGACACUGUCAUACAUUCUGGAUGGGACAAUGAUUUAAAUUUGAAUGAUAUUGCCCUCCUGAAGCUGUCAGAGAAGCUGGAACUGAAUGGAAAGACUGUUGCUCCCAUCAGUCUGCCAACACCACUAACCAAAUCCACAGGUGAAUGUGUGGUGGCUGGCUGGGGCAAAACAAGUCACGAAAGCCGCACACCCUCUGACUUGCUGAGGAAAGUCAGGUUACCCAUCGUUUCAGACGAAGAAUGCAAAGGAACAUACGCUACCUUUAAUGAAAAAGUUUUCGACAAUAAUAUCUGCGCUGGAUACAAGGAGGGUGGAAAAAGCUCUUGUCAAGGUGAUUCUGGCGGCCCCCUCGUCUGCCAGGGAGUAAACAACAAGAACUACGUGGCUGGCGUGGUGUCUUGGGGCAGAGGGUGCGGUCUCAAGAACAUUCCUAUUGUGUACACUGAGGUGAGCUACUUUGUUGACUGGAUCAAUGCAGUCAGGAACCAGGUGUGACUGCAACACUGACCCAUGCGACCCAUCACGGCAAGGCAGGAAAACACACAGACGACCCUGGAAUGCAAAACACUGCCACCCUCAAUCUCAAGACCAGCAUCCUCCAUUGGCAAAGACACCAUGGAGGACACUCCUCAAACUACUUCACAAAUCACAUCACAAUACAUUCUUUCAAUACGUGCCUGCAUGUGUCAGUCGCUUUUAAGUAUUGGAACCUUUAAUUGCUUGUACAUUGAAUGUCUCAGGCCUGGAAUCUUUUUCUGUCUUCUGUGAUAUUUGCAAAACUAAUACACUGACCACAAUCCUACAGCAUGAUAUAGAUGUAAAAUAAAGCCUCAGCAUAAUUC